CUGAGGAUGAGAUUGAGUCGGUGACUGCGCGACUGUCGGAUGAGUUCAAUGCGACACCAGUCUUCAUGGACGACAAAUUGGCGGAUCGUCACUACAAUGGCUUCUCCAACUCUAUUCUUUGGCCACUGCUGCACUACCACCCCGGUGAAAUCGUGUUCGACGAAGCGGCGUGGGAUGCCUAUCGUGAGGCGAACCGGCUCUUCGCUCGGACCAUCGCGCGCGAGGCUCGCGACGGGGACUUGGUUUGGGUCCACGACUACCACCUCAUGCUCCUACCGGAAUAUCUCCGCGAGGAGCUUCACGAGUUGGGCAAGAAGAACAUCCGAAUCGGAUUCUUCCUGCAUACCCCCUUCCCCAGUAGCGAGAUUUACCGCAUCCUGCCCGUGCGGAGUCAACUCUUGCGCGGCGUGCUGCAGUGUGAUUUGAUCGGAUUCCACACCUACGACUAUGCGCGUCAUUUCUUGAGCUGUUGCUCGCAUAUCUUGGGAUUGGUCACCACUCCGAGCAGCGUGGAAUUCAAGGACAGGUCGGUCGCCGUCGGCGCAUUCCCCAUUGGCAUUGAUCCCGACAAAUUCACCGAGGGUCUCAAGAGUCCCAAGGUGCAGAACCGGAUCGCCAGCUUGGAAAGCAAGUUUGAGGGUACCAAGCUGAUGGUCAGUGUCGACCGCCUGGACUAUAUCAAAGGUAUCCCCCAGAAGCUGCAUGCUUUGGAGGUCUUCCUGUCCCAGCACCCGGAAUGGGUGGGCAAGGUCGUUCUGGUGCAGGUUGCCGUCCCGAGUCGUCAGGAUGUCGAAGAAUAUCAGAAUCUGCGCGCGGUGGUUAACGAGCUAGUGGGAAGAAUCAACGGCAAAUUCGGAACGGUGGAUUACAUGCCCAUCCACUUCAUGCACAAGUCGGUGAGCUUCGACGAACUCAUCGCGCUGUACGCCGCCUCGGACGCGUGUGUGGUGUCGUCGACCCGCGACGGAAUGAAUCUCGUUUCGUUCGAGUAUGUCGCGACCCAGCAGAAGCGCAAGGGCGUGUUGAUUCUCUCCGAGUUCGCGGGUGCCGCGCAGAGUCUGAACGGCAGUAUUGUCGUCAACCCGUGGAACACGGAGGAGCUGGCCAACGCAUACCACGAAGCGGUCUCGAUGACCGACGAUCUGCGUGCGCAGAAGUUUGAGAAGCUCUACAAGUACAUUACCAAGUACACGAGGUAAGCUUACGUGGCCCCCUCCCUCCUUUUCUUCAAACAAUGAGACGAUCUUCCCGCCCUGUCUUCUUCUCCUACUCCCUUGCCUUCCCGCGCCACGCAUGGAGGAAACCCAGACCAGAUUACUAAUCGUGGUUUCACACUGAUGUAGUGCAUUCUGGGGCAAGUCUUUCGUCGCCGAAUUGUCCAAGUGCUCGACUGCAAAUCCGGAUGCUUCUUGAUGAACGAUCUCCUGUCUAUUGGCCUAUCUUCCCUUUUUCUUUUUCUUUGUCUUCUUCGGUCAACCCU